AUGGCACUCUACAAUUCUGCGAUAUCCACAACUUUUACAUAGGAUUCAACUAAAAGCUCUUUGAACUUGACAGGAUUACAUCAACCAGCAUUGCAUACACCUUAGCGAAUGAAGAGGCGCAACUCAGGCAACAAGGAUUAUGAUGAAAAGUCUCAAUUAUCUAUGAUUCAUGAAACGAUAAGCUCCCACUCUAAGACUCAGGACAACUCUGUUCUCGGUAAGAAGGCCAUUGAAUCGAAUAAGAGUAACAUGAACUACUAGAAUUUCAGAGACACCUAGUUAUCAAAUUUAGACAUUAAAUCGACAAGGCAAUCUUAGUAAAUGGUGCUAGAUGUUGAGAAUCCUUUCAAGUUUUAGAAAAAUUUAAGUCCACUUAGCCAGAAUCACUGA